GUCAUUAAAGCGCAUGUCACAAGGUCACGACUCGGCGUUCUAUGUCGCUGAAUGCACUGGCUACGCUGCAUUUAUCUAUUUUCGUGUGCUUAGCCGUGGUCAGCAAGUGACUGCCUUUUUCUAACAGGCACUCUUGAGCACGCUUCAUCAUGUUGAAGAAGCUCCAAAUGUUCGGCAGUAAAGGCCACAGCAGCUCAGAUCAGGAUAAGUCGAAGCCGAGUCAGGGAUCAUCAGACUAUGCCAAGAAACACGAGGAGUUCGUCAAACAGUUCCUAGCAGAAGCCAAAGAAGAUUUUGACCAAAAAUGGGAUCGGCCAGCACAGAACACAGCCAGCCUGGAUGACUUUGACAGACUAAAGACACUGGGGACUGGGUCAUUUGGGCGUGUAAUGUUAGUCAAGCAUAAAGGUGUCAAGAAAUACUUCGCCAUGAAAAUCCUAGACAAACAAAAAGUUGUAAAGUUAAAACAGGUUGAACACACUUUAAAUGAAAAGAGGAUUUUACAAGCUGUCAAUUUCCCUUUUCUUGUCCAACUAGAGUAUCACUUCAAGGAUAAUUCAUAUUUGUACAUGGUACUAGAAUUCGUGGUAGGAGGAGAAAUGUUUUCACAUCUUAGGAGAAUUGGGCGAUUUAGUGAGUCACAUUCCAGGUUUUAUGCUGCUCAAAUUGUGAUGACGUUUGAGUAUAUGCACCAUUUUGAUAUUGUAUAUCGGGAUUUAAAACCUGAGAACCUACUCAUAGAUCAAAAGGGCUACUUGAAGGUGACUGAUUUUGGUUUUGCCAAGCGCGUCAAGGGAAGGACCUGGACAUUGUGUGGUACCCCUGAGUAUCUUGCCCCAGAGAUCAUCCUCAGCAAGGGCUACAACAAAGCAGUAGAUUGGUGGGCCCUGGGUGUCCUAGUCUAUGAAAUGGCAGCUGGAUAUCCACCAUUCUUUGCGGACCAACCCAUCCAGAUAUAUGAAAAGAUUGUCUCAGGAAAGGUACGCUUCCCCUCCCACUUCAGUGCUGAUUUGAAGGAUCUGUUGAGGAACCUACUCCAAGUGGAUCUGACGAAACGCUACGGCAACUUGAAGAAUGGAGUGCAGGAUAUCCGACACCACAAGUGGUUUGCUACCACCGACUGGCUCGGCAUCUACCAAAAGAGGAUCGAUGCUCCGUUCAUCCCAAAAUGCAAAGGCUCCGGCGAUACUAGUAACUUCGAUGACUACGAGGAGGAGCCACUUCGCAUCUCGUCAACGGAAAAAUGUUCCAAGGAAUUUGCUGAUUUUUAACGACAUAUUGUGUUCGAGUUGAACGUGAACUUACAAGAAUGCAACACUUGCAUCAGGUCUUUCAUCUCUGAACCUGACCAGGAAUAUUGGUGGAUAAAACGCUCCAGAAAUGAUGUGUGACUCUGUUCCAAAAAAGUUUUAGUUUUCUUACUAUUUAGUUAAAAUCAAUGUAAAUGGUUUUGGAUCUAAAGUGAAUUUAUGAUAUCGGCUGAAAUCAGAAUGUUAAACAUUGGCCAAUCAGUGGAUGGUAGACAGACUAUGAUUGAACGAUUCCUAACUGGAUGAGUUUGUUUUGAUUCAGAAUUGUAAAAGAUGUUCUUGGCCAUGGUAUAAAACUAAAAGCAGCAGAGAUAACACAUGAACUUACAAGUAGGUGAUCACUCUCAACUUGUGUUUUUAUCUUGCUGAUAUUUCUCUGUUCGUCCUAAGAUUAUGCUCAGCGAGAUGGGAGAAGAAUGAUGGGACAUCACCAUCGGAAGGUCAGUAAGAUGGCUGGAACGUUAUUCGAGUCUGCGGGUUGUAUUCUAAACUGUGGGGAGAAUUCCUCCCCGAUUUUGUAUACUGUAUGCUAAUAUAAAUGUCUGGUGACUUUGGCAUUCAGAGUGGACGGAUUGCAUACAUGUAUGUAGAUCGGUUGACAUCAAGAACCAGUCACAUAAAACCAAAAUGGCACAUUUUCAGAGGGUUUUCCAGUGUUCAUAUGAAUGUGUGUCUGAUAAAGCACAAGAAUUCUUCUACAAUGCAUGGAUGAGAAGCAGCAGUGCAUCUGCCGUUUGUUCUGAAUGCCGCAGGUUACUCUCAUUCUUAUGGUCAAUAAUUAGAAGAGCCGAGAGGCUGAGAUCAACUCUCAUAUUUAUACUCGUAAAGCCAUUCAAUGGGAAUGUUCAUGUGAGGGAAGUUCUCGAUUCCCUUGAAUUCCUGGUGUGAUUGUGGUUCUCAAAUUAUAUAUGUAAUUAGUGGCUUGUUGAUGUUUGACUUCAAGUGUCGACCGCUGAACCUCCUACAGGAGACAAGACCACCAUCCUGCAAGGUUUUCAGAAUUGCUGUUAAAGUGUGGGAUAACACAUGUAUUGUCAUAUCACCAUAUGUUAAAGAAUCAUAUCUCAUCAAAGUAUAUCUUUUUAAUAAGAGCCUUCUAUAAAUUUUGAAUAUAAACAUAGCUCGUCAUAACUUAUCUGACUUCAGAGUUGAAUUUCAGCCGACAUGUACAAACAAGUGAAUAGCUGACCAUGGUAUAUUUGUACUCUUACUCUGCCUACUUAUCGUACAUGAGCGAAGUAGGCUUGUUGUAUCUUAUAAAAAGACUUUUACCGAAGCCAUUUUCAAGAAGCUUUUAUAAUUGAGGCUUUCUCCAGAUCAUAGUAAGUUUUCCAAACUAAGAUCACAUUCGAUUUACUGCUUGCCAAAAUAUUUGAUCCUAACUGAUGUAGUCUGAUGAAAGAGUGCCAUCCCAAGCUUCCUUAAAGCAAGGUUUAGGCUCAUGUUUAUCCUGAGUAAGUGAAUGAAUGAUGUCUUCAUUCAUUUGUCUAGAACAUUGUGUUGCUUGAAAAUGGCUUGUCUAGAAUGUCGAUAACUGUAUAUAAGGAGAAUUUGUCCACUUUAUGUUUCAUUUGUUGGACUUGGCAACCAUGCCAUUUGUUCAUGUCGCAGUGACCUAGGGACCAUGCCAUUUGUUCAUGUACCAGUGACCCGGGGACCAUGCCAUUUGUUCAUGUCGCAGUGACCUGGGGACCAUGCCAUUUGUUCAUGUACCAGUGACCUAGGGACCAUGCCAUUUGUUCAUGUACCAGUGACCUGGGGACCAUGCCAGUUGCUCAUGUACCAGUGACCUGGGGACCAUGCCAUUUGUUCAUGUACCAGUGACCUGGGGACCAUGCCAGUUGUUCUUGUACCAGUGACCCGGGGACCAUGCCAUUUGUUCAUGUACCAGUGACCUGGGGACCAUGCCAUUUGUUCAUGUACCAGUGACCUGGGGACCAUGCCAGUUGUUCAUGUACCAGUGACCUGGGGACCAUGCCAGUUGUUCAUGUACCAGUGACCCGGGGACCAUGCCAUUUGUUCAUGUACCAGUGACCUGGGGACCAUGCCAGUUGUUCAUGUACCAGUGACCUGGGGACCAUGCCAGUUGUUCAUGUACCAGUGACCUGGGGACCAUGACAUUUGUUCACGUAGCCAUGCCAUUUCUUCAUGUCGGAAUGGCAAUGACCUGAUAAUAGGACGCGGGUGUAGAUGGCUGUUUGUGGUCGUUAGUUUUGAGUAAUGCAUCAUAUUCCUUUUGUUCCUGUGUCCCGCUGUCUCACUAAGUAACCUUUCUUAAGUGGGAAUUGGUUGGAAACUAUGCUAUGUUUUAAUUUGAUCAGUAACUUGCCCUAUGUGAGGUAUUGUCAGUUAUAUUUCAUGAAUAAAAAAGUCUCUUCAAGGUGAGGACCAGUAUAUUGUCCACCACACACUGACAAUCAAUACAAAUGUUCAUACCACCAAACCUGGUUCCCUGUGCUGUCCGCAAUGUGGGUCUGGUCACUGGUCUAGGAAUUGCUGGUCCUGAAACUUGCCCCAAGUUAAAUUCAAAAUGGUUUGGACAUACAUCUCACUUUUCAAGAUAAUCUUUAACAGUUUCAAAUGUUAAUUUUAUGCGCUGCAUGAUUAAAGUUAAUUGGAGACAGCCUGCAAUAUGUUUUGGCCCUGCCUCUCUCCUAGAGUUUGUUGUGUAGAUAUGAGUUUUGUCUUGUAUAUGCUCAAACUUAUUAUAUCGACAUGAUUAUCCACGCAUUCUUUCCGAGUCGAGUCAUUGCUGUUUGUAAAAUCAUUGUAUUAAUCCAGCUUAUAUAAUAGUUUGUAUAUGAAUAAGAAGUAAUAAUGAUAACUACCUGGAGUGUUCUGUUGCCUCCUUCCACUCAUCAAUGGAGAUCUGAAUCGUUCCUUCUCAAUGUGAGCAGCUGAGUUUCAGUGACUUGUUUCUCUAACAAAUCUCAGAACAGUAAUAUGUCCUGUUUCUGUAGUUGGAAGUAUUGGCGUACUGUGAGCAGAGUGUCAUGUUUCAUGAAGAUAGCAACAGAAUUCUUCUUGGAACUGUGAUUAUAUUUUAUAACAAAGUUUAUUGUUUAUUGUAUGAAACAACCUUUCUAAUUGUGUUCGUUGGUGUCACGUGUUGUGGUGAGAGAAAGGAGACGGUCUAGAUUCAUUAGGUGACCAGCUAGCUGAUACCCUGGCGUCAAGCUCAUGAGAGUGGCCUUGGUGGCAGAUAUAACAAGUAGGUUAUGUGCCCUCAUUAGGUGACCAGCUAGCUGAUACCCUGGUGUCAAGCUCAUGAGAGUGGCCUUGGUGGCAGACAUAACAAGUAGGUUAUGUGCCCUCAUUAGGUGACCAGCUGGCUGAUACCCUGGUGUCAAGCUCAUGAGAGUGGCCUUGGUGGCAGAUAUAACAAGUAGGUUAUGUGCCCUCAUUAGGUGACCAGUUAGCUGAUACCCUGGCGUCAAGCUCAUGAGAGUGGCCUUGGUGGCAGAUAUAACAAGUAGGUUAUGUGCCCUCAUUAGGUGACCAGCUGGCUGAUACCCUGGCGUCAAGCUCAUGAGAGUGGCCUUGGUGGCAGAUAUAACAAGUAGGUUAUGUGCCCUCAUUAGGUGACCAGUUAGCUGAUACCCUGGCGUCAAGCUCAUGAGAGUGGCCUUGGUGGCAGAUAUAACAAGUAGGUCAUGUGCCCUCAUUAGGUGACCAGCUGGCUGAUACCCUGGCGUCAAGCUCAUGAGAGUGGCCUUGGUGGCAGAUAUAACAAGUAGGUCAUGUGCCCUCAUUAGGUGACCAGCUGGCUGAUACCCUGGCGUCAAGCUCAUGAGAGUGGCCUUGGUGGCAGAUAUAACAAGUAGGUUAUGUGCCCUCAUUAGGUGACCAGCUGGCUGAUACCCUGGCGUCAAGCUCAUGAGAGUGGCCUUGGUGGCAGAUAUAACAAGUAGGUCAUGUGCCCUCAUUAGGUGACCAGCUGGCUGAUACCCUGGCGUCAAGCUCAUGAGAGUGGCCUUGGUGGCAGAUAUAACAAGUAGGUUAUGUGCCCUCAUUAGGUGACCAGCUAGCUGAUACCCUGGCGUCAAGCUCAUGAGAGUGGCCUUGUGGCAGACAUAACAAGUAGGUCAUGUGCCCUCAUUAGGUGACCAGCUGGCUGAUACCCUGGCGUCAAGCUCAUGAGAGUGGCCUUGUGGCAGACAUAACAAGUAGGUUAUGUGCCCUCAUUAGGUGACCAGUUAGCUGAUACCCUGGUGUCAAGCUCAUGAGAGUGGCCUUGGUGGCAGACAUAACAAGUAGGUUAUGUGCCCUCAUUAGGUGACCAGCUAGCUGAUACCCUGGCGUCAAGCUCAUGAGAGUGGCCUUGGUGGCAGACAUAACAAGUAGGUUAUGUGCCCUCAUUAGGUGACCAGCUAGCUGAUACCCUGGCGUCAAGCUCAUGAGAGUGGCCUUGGUGGCAGACAUAACAAGUAGGUUAUGUGCCCUCAUUAGGUGACCAGCUAGCUGAUACCCUGGCGUCAAGCUCAUGAGAGUGGCCUUGGUGGCAGAUAUAACAAGUAGGUUAUGUGCCCUCAUUAGGUGACCAGUUAGCUGAUACCCUGGCGUCAAGCUCAUGAGAGUGGCCUUGGUGGCAGACAUAACAAGUAGGUUAUGUGCCCUCAUUAGGUGACCAGCUAGCUGAUACCCUGGCGUCAAGCUCAUGAGAGUGGCCUUGGUGGCAGACAUAACAAGUAGGUUAUGUGCCCUCAUUAGGUGACCAGUUAGCUGAUACCCUGGCGUCAAGCUCAUGAGAGUGGCCUUGGUGGCAGACAUAACAAGUAGGUUAUGUGCCCUCAUUAGGUGACCAGUUGGCUGAUACCCUGGCGUCAAGCUCAUGAGAGUGGCCUUGGUGGCAGACAUAACAAGUAGGUUAUGUGCCCUCAUUAGGUGACCAGUUAGCUGAUACCCUGGCGUCAAGCUCAUGAGAGUGGCCUUGGUGGCAGACAUAACAAGUAGGUUAUGUGCCCUCAUUAGGUGACCAGUUAGCUGAUACCCUGGCGUCAAGCUCAUGAGAGUGGCCUUGGUGGCAGACAUAACAAGUAGGUUAUGUGCCCUCAUUAGGUGACCAGUUAGCUGAUACCCUGGUGUCAAGCUCAUGAGAGUGGCCUUGGUGGCAGACAUAACAAGUAGGUUAUGUGCCCUCAUUAGGUGACCAGCUAGCUGAUACCCUGGCGUCAAGCUCAUGAGAGUGGCCUUGGUGGCAGACAUAACAAGUAGGUCAUGUGUCCUCAUUAGGUGACCAGCUAGCUGAUACCCUGGUGUCAAGCUCAUGAGAGUGGCCUUGGUGGCAGACAUAACAAGUAGGUCAUGUGCCCUCAUUAGGUGACCAGCUGGCUGAUACCCUGGUGUCAAGCUCAUGAGAGUGGCCUUGGUGGCAGACAUAACAAGUAGGUCAUGUGUCCUCAUUAGGUGACCAGCUAGCUGAUACCCUGGUGUCAAGCUCAUGAGAGUGGCCUUGGUGGCAGAUAUAACAAGUAGGUCAUGUGCCCUCAUUAGGUGACCAGCUGGCUGAUACCCUGGCGUCAAGCUCAUGAGAGUGGCCUUGGUGGCAGAUAUAACAAGUAGGUUAUGUGCCCUCAUUAGGUGACCAGCUAGCUGAUACCCUGGUGUCAAGCUCAUGAGAGUGGCCUUGGUGGCAGACAUAACAAGUAGGUUAUGUGCCCUCAUUAGGUGACCAGCUAGCUGAUACCCUGGUGUCAAGCUCAUGAGAGUGGCCUUGGUGGCAGAUAUAACAAGUAGGUUAUGUGCCCUCAUUAGGUGACCAGCUAGCUGAUACCCUGGUGUCAAGCUCAUGAGAGUGGCCUUGGUGGCAGACAUAACAAGUAGGUUAUGUGCCCUCAUUAGGUGACCAGUUAGCUGAUACCCUGGUGUCAAGCUCAUGAGAGUGGCCUUGGUGGCAGACAUAACAAGUAGGUUAUGUGCCCUCAUUAGGUGACCAGCUAGCUGAUACCCUGGCGUCAAGCUCAUGAGAGUGGCCUUGUGGCAGACAUAACAAGUAGGUUAUGUGCCCUUAUGUGCCCUUAUGUGCCCUUAUGUGCCGAGUUAUGUGAGUGUGCUGGUGUUGGCAGACAUUGUAUGUAGGUUACGAGUACAGUGGGAGUGUUGUGUUGGCAGGCAUUUGAUGGAAGGUAACUUCUAGGUAUGCUGGUUGUCUGGGGAAUUUGUCACAGAGACAUGUUGAGCACAUUUCAGACACUUGAUCACUUUCAAACUGAUUCUUGGUUCUUCUCUAAUGUUUACGUAAAGGAAUCAUCUAAAAAGUCUUGUUUUCUUGACGAUAGGUGAACAUAGUCCAUGUAAUUACAUGAUGAUAAGAUCUCUGUGUCUCCACACCUACACUAUAUUCAUAAAAUCUUACACCAGUUGUUUUGAUUUCAAACUCCUUGGUAACCAUCUCUGUACUCUGCUUCUAGAAUACACUUUUCCCAUAGUUCUACCAAUAUGUGUCUCUUAUGUUUCUGUGCUCACCCCACUGUCAUUCCCUUGUCAAAUUUGUGUUGGUCAUUUGAUGUGGAUGAAAAAUAGCGUAAGUUGCCUCGACCGAUGUUAUUGUUUUCAUGAUUUGGAGUCAAAUCUAACUAAUUAGCAUUGAGUUUAAUAAAAGUAAUGAGAUUUCA